CUAAUGUUAUAAAGUUAGGGCUGCCAUCUAUCACUGUCACAGGAAGUUUCCGACGUUUAUUUACCUCCGUGAGCAGUUUCACACGUGUCCGAAAAAAUGACUCUGUUGAUGAAAAAUUUGCGAAUUUUCGCCAAUCAAUGUCGCAAUUGCACAACAAAAUCGGCCCCCAAUAUAGAGUUUACCGCCUCUUCGGUUAAUAUUGAUGGCCGAAAGUUCAACCGAGACAAGUGGACAAAUGUGACACCUAAUAUUUUGAAGCAUCUCAAUAGGAACUUGCACUUGAAACCUGGACACCCUUUGUGUCUCCUGAGAGAGAACAUAAUUUCAUUCAUGUACAAAUCAUUUCCAAACCGUGCUGGCAAUCCAAUAUUCUCUAUUUAUGACCGUUUGGAUCCAAUUGUUACAACAAAGAAAAAUUUUGACAGUUUGCUGAUUGGUCAGGACCACCCCAGUCGAAAGCCUUCAGAUUGCUACUACCUGAAUAAGGAUUUCAUAUUGAGAGGCCACACCAGCGCCCACCAAGAAGAGCUCAUUGCCAGUGGCUUGGACAGCUUUGUUGUCAUGGGGGAUGUCUACAGGAGAGAUGAAAUUGACGCCUCACAUUUUCCAAUCUUCCACCAAGCUGAAGGUGUUCGACUGUUUACCAAGCAUCAAAUUUUUGAUGAUGAUAAGCAAAGUGUAGAACUAUUUGAAGAUGGGAAGCGAACCCCUUUUAAACAAGAAUACCACACAGAAAUUACGUCCAAAAAACUCCAGCAUGAUCUGAAAACCUGUCUGACCAAAUUGGUACAUCACCUAUUUGGCACUGAUGUUGAGACUAGGUGGACUGAAACAUAUUUCCCAUUCACCCAUCCAUCAUUUGAACUGGAAGUCAAAUUCCAAGAUAAAUGGUUGGAAUUGCUCGGGUGCGGGGUGAUUGAGCAACAGAUUCUUUACAACGCUGGUGUUCCUGACAAGGUCGGAUGGGCUUUUGGUCUCGGAUUAGAACGCAUCGCUAUGCGUUUGUACGAAAUACCCGACAUACGCCUGUUCUGGUCCAACGAUUCCGGAUUUUUGUCGCAGUUUGAAGGUGCUAGUCCCGAUAAGAAAAUUAAAUUCAAGUCGGUUAGUCAAUAUCCCCAGUGUUUCAAUGACGUCAGCUUUUGGCUACCUGAGGGGGACAUCAACCCAAGCGAUCUUUACGAAAUUGUUCGUGGCAUAGGAGGCGACAUUGUUGAGCAAGUUCGACUAGUCGACGAAUUCGUUCAUCCGAAGACGCAGCGACGUAGUCAGUGCUAUCGCAUUAUCUACCGCCACAUGGAACGCACUCUUACUCAGGCAGAAGUCAACGAGGUGCACAAACGAAUUGAAGCCCAGCUCACCACUGAAUUGGGUGUAACCAUACGUUAACAUACCUGGUGCGUGUACAUAAAUAGUCACAACCUGUGGAAAAGCUGUUGACGAGAAAUCUAUUUAUUAGUUUUGGCGAUGUAUUGAAAUAAACAUUUCAGCGUAGA